GUGGGGAAGCCGCGAUCCACGGCCAGAGCCUCGCCCCUGGCCCUGCUCGCGGCGGGACCUCCCGGCCACCCUCCCCUCCCCUCCCCUCCCCUCCGCCCGCUCCCCGUUUCUCUUUCCCUUUCUGCAGCCCGGCCGAGGCCCGUCCGCGCGGCCCGCUGGCCCAUUGUGUCCCGCGCUGGCUCGGGCCACCCUUUGGGGAGCUGGAGGGCGGCCGCCGGCGCUGCCCUUUGGGCGCUCGGAGCCGGUCUCGCCCGGGGGGGGCGGGGGGACACCGGUGCCCUGGGUCCCUCGUUGUCCCAGAUCGGUCCCCUUCUCUGCCCCAACGAGCCUUUUGGGGGUCGAGGUCAAGGAAAGUUCGUCCCGAAAUUCCCUCUAAUUUAUUCAAAGGUUUGGCGGCGGCGGCGCGUAAUUUUUUUUUCUCUUCCGCCUACACCCCGUGCGCCUCCAAGUGUCGUCUCAUUCCUUUCCCUUGACCGGAUUCGAUUGCCUCACUGCAAGUGUAUUUGUACUGACUCUGGGUUACCUUUUGAAACACUAGGAAUGGUCCUUCCUACUUUUCAGCACCUCAAGACUAAGAAGCUAAGGAGAGUCCUAUGUAAAUAAAGGGAAAUCCCUCCUCUGGUCCUUUUGCAUUUGGAGGCUCCUGUAUUUUACCAUAAACAAGGAGUGUCUGACUGGUGCCAUCACCAUGAACGUGACAAGUUUAUUUUCCUUCACAAGUCCAGCCGUGAAGAGACUUCUCGGGUGGAAGCAGGGCGACGAAGAAGAAAAAUGGGCAGAGAAAGCGGUGGAUGCUUUGGUGAAAAAACUGAAGAAAAAGAAGGGGGCCAUGGAGGAACUGGAAAAGGCCCUGAGCUGCCCGGGGCAGCCCAGCAACUGUGUCACCAUCCCCCGCUCUCUGGAUGGCAGGCUGCAGGUUUCCCACCGGAAGGGACUGCCUCAUGUCAUUUACUGCCGAGUGUGGCGCUGGCCCGACCUGCAGAGCCACCAUGAACUGAAACCACUGGAAUGCUGCGAGUUUCCUUUCGGCUCCAAGCAGAAGGAGGUGUGCAUCAAUCCCUACCACUAUAAGAGAGUGGAAAGCCCCGUUCUUCCUCCAGUGCUGGUCCCGAGACACAGUGAAUAUAACCCUCAGCACAGCCUCUUAGCUCAGUUCCGCAACUUAGGACAAAAUGAGCCUCACAUGCCACUCAACGCCACUUUUCCGGAUUCUUUCCAGCAACCCAACAGCCACCCGUUCCCUCACUCCCCCAACAGCAGCUACCCCAACUCUCCCGGAAGCAGCAGUAGCACCUACCCUCAUUCUCCCACCAGCUCUGACCCAGGAAGCCCUUUUCAGAUGCCAGCUGAUACGCCCCCACCUGCUUACCUGCCCCCUGAAGACCCCAUGACCCAGGAUGGCUCUCAGCCAAUGGACACAAACAUGAUGGCUCCUUCACUGCCCCCUGAAAUCAACAGAGGAGAUGUUCAGGCAGUUGCUUAUGAGGAGCCAAAACACUGGUGCUCUAUUGUCUAUUAUGAGCUCAAUAACCGCGUGGGAGAAGCGUUCCAUGCCUCCUCCACCAGCGUGUUGGUGGACGGUUUCACCGACCCUUCCAACAAUAAGAACCGUUUCUGCCUUGGGCUGCUCUCCAACGUUAAUCGGAAUUCCACUAUUGAAAACACGAGGCGGCACAUUGGAAAAGGAGUCCACCUUUACUAUGUUGGAGGGGAGGUAUAUGCCGAAUGCCUCAGCGACAGUAGCAUCUUUGUGCAAAGUCGGAACUGCAACUACCAUCACGGAUUUCAUCCCACUACUGUGUGCAAGAUCCCAAGUGGGUGCAGUUUGAAAAUUUUUAAUAACCAGGAAUUUGCUCAGUUGUUGGCACAGUCUGUGAACCAUGGCUUCGAGACCGUCUACGAGCUCACGAAAAUGUGUACUAUACGCAUGAGCUUUGUGAAGGGUUGGGGAGCAGAAUACCACCGCCAAGAUGUUACUAGCACCCCCUGCUGGAUUGAGAUCCACCUGCAUGGCCCCCUCCAGUGGCUGGAUAAAGUUCUCACUCAGAUGGGUUCACCUCACAAUCCUAUUUCAUCUGUGUCUUAAACGGCCUCAGGCUUCUGCCUCUUGAAAACUGUUGAGCCUUGCAUGUACUUGAAGGAUGGAUGAGUCAGACACGAUUGACACCUGACAAAGGAGCCUCGAUAAUACUUGACCUCUGUGACCAAUUGUUGGAUUCAGAAAUUUAAAAAAACACCAACAAAACACCUUGGUAACAUACUGUUGAUAUCAAGAAUCUGUUUAGUUUACAUUGUAACAUUCUGUUGUAAAAAUCACCUAAAAUGCAUACUUUUAGCAGGACUUUGUGUAUAGUUAAAGGAGAGAUGGCCAAGCCAGGGACAAGUCAAUUGGAAGACCGGUCCUAAGAGAUUCUUUUGUGUUUGGCACUUUAAGGUCAUCGUUCGGCAGAAGUUUAGCAUUAAUAGUCUUUCUGAAGUGUGUUUUUAUCAGGUUUAGAGCCCAUGUGGAGUCUUCUUUUCAUGGGUUUUCAUAAUAUUUUAAAACUAUUUGUUUAGUAAUGGUUUUUUUUAAGUAAUGGUUAAUCUUGAUGAUAUACAUAGUAAUCUUUCUAAAAUUGUAUGCUGACCAUACUGCUGUCAGAAUAAUGUUAGGCAUAUGCUCUUUGCUAAAUAUAUAUGUACAGAAUAUUUGGAAGCUAAGAAUUGAUUAGACUAGUGGCUUUAGGAGUAUUGGAGCGGGUGGGGGCGAGGGAAAUGACAACUACAGAUGUAGAAUAUACUGUAAAAAUUCAGUUUGUUGCUUUAAAGAAACAGACUGUUAUCUGAAUUUUGCUGUGUUUCCAUUUUUUAGAGAUUUUUAUCCUACUUUUUUUUUUUUUUUUUUGCAUCUUCUAGUUCAUUCGCUCCAAAAAAACAGUUAUGCAGCUGGUUAAUUCACGUAAUUGUGAGAGCAAAUGAAUAAUUCCUGCUAUUCUGAAAUUGAUGGCAAAAAUGUUUCAAUACCAAUUGUAUGGAAUGCUUGAAUUUAAUAAACAGUUUUUAUGGAGUUUACAGUUCAGAAAUAGGCUUUAAUUCUCAAGUGAAUUAUUUGCCAAACCUAGUAACUCUGCUAACUAUUUGGAGGAUUUAAAGAACAUCCCUGCUUAAAUCCAUUUUAGACUUUUAAAACUUUUUUGUACUAUGUUUGGUUUUAUUUUUCUUCUGCUAAUCUUUUAUAUUCACUAUGCUCUCGUACAUUGAGUACUUUUAUUCCAAAACUAGUGGGUUUUCUCUACUGGAAAUUUUAAAUAAACCUGUCAUUAUUGCUUACUUUGAUUAAAAA